AUGGUGGUGACCGUGUGCCUCGGACUAAGAUGGGUGCGCAGGGCGCGGCGGGAGACGGCGAAUCGGCGGCGGCCUACGGCGUGGAAGAUGACACGGUUCGAGAACAUGGACCUGGAAAUGGACGACGUGCUCAGGUGCCUCAGGGAGGAGAACGCCAUUGGCAGAGGAGUGGUGCGUGAAGAGAACGCGUACACGCUGCGGGUGGACGAGAAGACGGACGUGUACAGCUUCGGCGUGGUGCUGCUGGAGCUCGUCACGGGGCGCCCCCCGCUCGGCGACUUCGGCGAGGAGAUCGACCUCGUCCACUGGGCGCGGAGCGUCGUGCCGAGACCCACGGACACGGCAGCAAUCCUGGCCGUGGCUGACCCCCGGCUGCCGCCAGAGCCCGCCGGCCUGAUCGCUCGACUCUUCAGGGUGGGCAUAUCCUGCGUCCGCGAGAGCAGCCACGCACGGCCCACCAUGCGUGAGGUCGUGCACGUCCUCUCCAGCUUCGUUGUACCACCGGCGGACCUGGCCUGCUCGACUUCUGCUCUUCCCCUGUAA